AUGUUUGUCUGCGAAUUCUGCAAUAAAUCGUUCACCAGAAAGGAUAACCUAAAACGUCAUGGGGACUGCAGAUCCUCCACCAACAUCUGCAGUCAAUGUGGAGGGACCUUUAGAUCAGCGGGGGCUCUUCAACGUCAUGUAAUGGAGAUUCACCCAGCCCCGAGAGCCCUCAAACGUAAAGCUGAAGAUUCCCUAACCCCCAUGACAAAACAAGCUAGACUUGACCGAGCUGGAACUUCAACAUCAGUCACCCGCAGGUGUCAGGAAUGUGAUCUGGAGAUUCCGACUAAUCAUUGGGUUGGCCAUCUUCGGAGUCUCCAACACCGGGCCAACACCUGCGUGGAGCAGGAGGAAGGCGUCGAAUUGAUAAAAACGUCAUUUAAAUGCCGAAUUGCAACAUACCGACUUCCCUCUAAACAAGACCCUACCAGCGUGAAGGAAUUUCUACAACACCUUCAGAAAAAAUUCAUCCAGCUGGUAGGGGAUAUGCUUAAUAAAUUUAACCAUAUCAAGGUCGGUAUGGAGCUUUUCGGUCGCUUCCUUCUGCAAACAAAAGAAAUAGAAGAGGUCAAGUCUUUUAAUACAAAAUUUACGCUGGUGAACGAGGGUGCAGACUUGGAGGAGUUGUUUCAACAAUUUUCAAAUAUCUUGGCAAAAAAAUGUGUGGAAUUCCAAGAAAAAGAAAGUGGCUGGGCGUUGCAACAACUUCUCUACCUAGAAAUAAGUAUAAAUAAAGUCAACCCCCUAAAAGCAUCUUCUUAUCUACCGCUACCAAAAGAAAUAGAUGCUAAGAAAGCUGUUUUAAACAUCCAGAAUUGGGACCAAAAAUGUUUUAUGUGGUCAGUCUUGGCUCAGCUACAUCCAGUUGAUAGGACUCAAAAUGCAAAUAGAGUCGCGAACUAUUCGCAUUAUGAGAAUGAACUGGAUUUUACAGGUAUAGGAUUUCCGAUUAAACUGAAAGACAUUCGCAAGUUUGAGCAACUCAAUAAUAUUUCUAUCAACGUAUACGGUUUGGAUAUAGUCUAUAAAUAUGGUAGAAAUAUUGUUGAAGUUGUUGGUCCUUUAUAUUUUACUGAAUCACGAAAAGCGACACAUGUAAAUUUAUUAUUAAUCAGUAAUGAUUUUGGUAACAAUCACUACUGUUUAAUAAAAAACAUGUCUCGACUGAUCUCAAGUCAAUUAUCUAAGCAUGAAAAAAAAAAGUACUUGUGCGAUGGUUGUUUGUUGUAUUUUUCAAGCGAGCAAAAAUUACAGGCUCAUCAAGAACACGACUGCGGUCACGUUUCUGUUCAACUUCCGUCAACCAAUUUAAUAACAAAUAAAUACGGUGAAAAGGCUCCCGAGAAUAUUUUGAAAUUUAAAAAUUUCGAGAAGAAAUUAAAGGUACCUUUUACUGUUUACGCCGAUUUCGAGACAAUUAUCGAACCCGUCGAAAGAGAACAGAAAGAGCUGGACCCCGAAAAUUCCUAUACUAUUAAAACACACAAAGCUAUUCCCUACUCUUUCGCCUACUACAUUAAAUGUGAUUUCGAUGAUUCUCAUUCAAUUUUCAAGACCUUCAGAGGAAUCGAUGCACAGAAAGUAUUCGUAGAUUGGUUAGAGAGUGAUUGUAAAUCAAUCUAUAACCGAUUUAUGAAAAAUAUCGUGAACAUGCAUCCUCUGAGUCCAGAACAAGAGAAUGAGUUUCGCGAUGCAAUAAAUUGUCAUAUUUGCGAAAAACCAUUUAAAGUAGGAGAUGAAAGAGUAAGAGAUCACUGUCAUCUUACAGGGAAUUUUCGAGCUGCAGCUCAUUCUAUUUGUAAUGUUAAUUAUACACUACCAACCCAUAUUCCCAUCUUCUUCCAUAACAUGUCCGGGUUCGAUUCCCAUCUGUUUGUUAAGGAAUUGGCUCAAGGAAACGAGAAAUUGGAUGUUAUCCCCCAAAAUAAGGAGCGGUACAUUUCAUUCACCAAACAUAUUUUGGUGGAUAAGAUCCUGCUCGACGAAACCGGUAAAUACAAACAGGUAUUUUUAAAGUUACGCUUCCUCGACAGUUUCAGAUUCAUGGCCUCAAGCCUAGAUAAAUUAUCUCAAAAUUUAAAACCAGAACAAUGUCGAGAAGUUAGAAAAUUUUUUCCCGCGGAAGAUGAAUUUCAAAUUAUUCGACAGAAGGGCGUUUUCCCGUAUUCUUACGUGGAUUCAUUUUCAAAACUAAAUGACAACAAGCUUCCAUCCAUUGAUGAUUUCUAUAACCAGUUAAGAAAAGAAACCAUCAAACCUGAAGAUUACGAGCGUGCACAGACAGUAUGGAAUUUGUUCAAAUGUAAAACUCUAGGUCAAUAUUCAGAUAUUUAUUUAAAAUCGGACGUAUUAAUUCUCGCUGAUGUUUUUGAAAAUUUCAGAGACGUGUGUCUAUCAACCUACGGUCUAGAUCCAUGUCAGUAUUACACAGCUCCAGGGCUGUCUUUCGAUGCGGCUCUCAAAACGACAGCCGUAAAGCUGGAAUUACUGACAGAUAUAGACAUGAUACACUUCCUGAAGCGCGGUAUUCGCGGAGGGGUCAGUCAAUGUAGUAUAAGGAAAGCUGUCGCGAAUAAUAAAUUUAUUCCUCAUUAUGAUGCUUCCAAACCCACUUCUUACAUCAUGUACUUAGAUGCUACCAACUUGUAUGGAGCAGCUAUGUCUCAAUAUCUACCAACGGGUAAUUUUAAAUGGCUUGACGCGGAUGAGAUUAAAACUUUAGAUUAUACAAAAUUAGAUAAAAAUUCAGACACUGGCUAUAUUUUUGAGAUCGAUUUAGAAUAUCCGGAAGACCUGCAUUAUAGGCAUAACGAUCUACCCUUUUGUCCGGAAUCUGUUAUUCCGAAAGACUCUAGAUCUAAAAUUAAAAAACUUAUUCCAAAUUUCGAACGUAAACAAAAAUAUAUUAUCCAUUUUCAAAGUUUGCAGCAAGCCAUAAGUCAUGGCAUUAAACCCGGCCAAAUUCAUCGCGUUCUUUCAUUUAAUCAAUCUCCCUGGCUAAAAAUUUAUAUUGACCUAAACACAAUAAAAAGGAAUGCUGCAUCCAAUAAGUUUGAAAAAGACUUUUUCAAACUUAUGAAUAAUGCUGUGUUUGGGAAAACCAUGGAAAACGUGGAGAAAAGGGUAGAUAUCAAGCUAAUUACCCAUUGGGAAAAUAUUGGUAGGAAACUGGGGGCAGAAGCAUGGAUCUCGAAACCGCAUUUCAAAGAUAUCACUAUUUUUGGCGAAAAUUUAGUUGCCAUUCAUAUGGCUAAACAGAAAGUUGUAUAUGAUAAACCCAUAUAUGUUGGAUUUGCCAUUUUAGACAUCUCUAAGACUAUCAUGUAUGAUUUUCUGUAUAGCUAUAUUAAGCCUAAAUACGGGGAUAAGGCAUCCUUGCUUUACACGGAUACUGACUCCCUAAUUUUAAAAGUUGAUACAGAUAAUUUUUAUGAUGAUAUGCGAGAAAAUUUGAAUAGAUUCGAUACUUCCAAUUACUCACAGAACAAUUCACAUAAUCUACCUGUAAACCAAUCAAUCUUGGGUAAAAUGAAAGAUGAAUACGCAGGUAAGAUUGUGUGGGAGUUCUAUGGAACUGGGGCGAAGGCAUAUUGUGUUAAUGUGGAGGGAGAGUUAACUAAAAAAGCUAAAGGCGUACCUGAUUACGUCACCAAAAAAGAACUCGGUCUUGCAGACUAUAAGGCUGCGGUAGACGUAGAAGGUACGCUUAUCCAUCGACAGAUGAACACUUUCCGUUCACAUAAACACGAUAUGUUUAUCGAACUUAAAAAUAAGGUAGCCUUAUCAUACGCGGACGAUAAACGCUACGUUAUACCCGGUACAGAGUACACGCUUGCUUGGGGUCACCGAGAUAUAGUACUGUAUAAGGAAUAA